UACAGCAAAUUCCCACUGACUAUCUAAUUUUACAUAUAGUAUUGUAUGUGUUUCCAUGGUACUCUCUCAUCUUACCCUCUCCUUCUCAACCCCUCUCUUCUUAGUUUUUAUCUUUUCCUCAAAAAGUAAAAAACUGUUGCCUCUGUCUUAGCAGAGAACAUAAGGACAGAUACUCCGGCCUGCAGAGCCAGAGAACCUUGUCUCCAAGCCAGGAUUCGGACGGUGGUACAAGAGCCCUUUUUAGGGAAAUGAGAUUUCUUUUUCUGUGAUGGUCUGAGAGGUUAGGAAUGUUUUUCACGCUUUAGGGCUCUUUGACUAAUUUUGAAUUUGUCAUCCAGGAAUUUAUGCAAACCCUUCUCAGAUGAAGGCAGGGAGCCUGGGACGGCUUCUUUUCUUUCUGCAUCAUCAGUGGGUCGGGUGAUCCGCUGCUGUCUCGGUGGGAUGCCUCUCCCUCGUGCGCUUCCCGUCAGUGCCUCCUGUGGUUGAGGGGCACAGCGGGCCCAGUCCCUGCACUCAGGUUGCUGUGGGUCCUCCACGGAUUCGCUAACUGCUGCCUCUGGCUUGUCACCAGCGUUUCUACCUGUCACUUUGAUCAUGCUCUCUUACUCUCAAACUCCAGUUGAGGCUUCCUCUAACACUGAGAAUUAAACCUAAGAACCUUCCUUCUGGGUUUAAAACCCUUCACUGGGACUGUCCUUGCCCCUUGCUACUCAAAGUGUGGUCCAUGGGUGGGCAACCUGGCAGUAUCUGCAUCACCUGAGAGCCCAGUAGAACCCUCAACCUUGCCGCAGGUGAACUGCAUCAAAGUCAGCACUUUUAACAAGAUCCAGGCUUAUGUACAGAAAUAUGUUGUGAAGAAUUAUUUCUACUAUUACCUGUUCCGAUUUUCAGCCGCUUUGGGACAAGAAGUGUUCUACAUCACAUUCCUUCCAUUCACUCACUGGAAUAUAGAUCCUUAUUUGUCCAGAAGACUGACCAUCAUAUGGGUUGUUUUGUGGUUAGUUGGCUCUCUGAAGGAAGAUGGGCUUAUGCGUGUUUUAGCUUUUGUGCACUCCACAUUUCCUAAGACUGAAGACACCCAUUCCCUCAAUGGGCGCCAUUUGGGAUGUGACACCUGUCCAGUGCUGGUGAUGUAUAUUGGCCAGGUAACCAAAGAGAUCUUGAAGUGGCCCCGCCCCUUCUCCCCUCCUGUCGUGAAACUCGAGAAGAGAGUGAUGGCUGAAUAUGGGAUGCCGUCCACCCACGCCAUGGCAGCCACGGCCAUCUCCUUCACCCUCCUUAUCUCUACCAUGGACAGGUACCAGUAUCCCUUUGUUUUGGGACUGAUGGUGGCUGUGGUGUUCUCCACGUUGGUGGGUCUCAGCCGACUUUACACUGGGAUGCACACGGUCCUGGAUGUGCUGGGCGGCGUCCUGAUCACCGCCAUCCUCAUUGUCCUCACUUACCCUGCCUGGACCCUGAUCGAUCGCCUGGACUCGGCCAGCCCCCUCUUACCCGUGUGUGUUCUAGUGGUGCCGUUCUUCCUGUGCUACAACUACCCCGUGUCUGAUUACUACAGCCCGACCAGAGCGGACACCACCACCAUCAUGGCUGCUGGGGCUGGGGUGACCAUAGGGUUCUGGAUCAACCAUUUUUUCCAGCUCGUGUCUGAGCCCAUGGAAUCCCUCCCUGUUAUUCAGAACAUCCCACCGCUCACCACCGACCUGUUAGUUUUGGGUCUGGCCAAAUUCACUGUGGGAAUUGUGCUGAUCCUCCUGGUCCGUCAGCUUGUACAGAAGCUCUCACUGCAAGUGUUGUACUCCUGGUUCAAGGUGGUCACCAGAAACAAGGAGGCCAGGCGGAGACUGGAGAUCGAAGUGCCUUACAAGUUUGUCACCUACACGUCUGUUGGCAUCUGUGCUAUCACCUUUGUGCCAAUGCUCCACAGGUUUCUGGGAUUACUCUGAGCCUCAAACAGUCACUGGAAAAGACAUCAAAAUUUCAGUGGGGAAGUCUUGAUGACACAUUUUUCUUUAAAAAAAAGUUUCCUUAAGUCACAUGUCUAUUUUGCUAAUAUCUGAGAUAAAUGUUGCUGCUGUAUGGUGGGGAAGUUGUCUCGCAGGAACCACUUGCCUGUAAGGGUCAUGUCACGGAUGAAGCUGG